AUGGCAGAUGGACAGGAGUCAUUCUCAGUCCCCUUUGAAAAAUUAAAUGGGAGCAACUGGGAGGAGUGGUCAAGGAAGCUGAAGGCCUGGCUGGUAGCCAAGGGUCUGUGGGAGGCGACCCAAGGGCCCCCACAGCAAGCUGCAGCCGGAGCUGCAGCAGCGGUUGUUGCAGCUGCCCAAGCCUCACAGAGGAAAGACCAGAAAGCCCUAGGAGCUAUUGUGCUCAGUUUGGAGGGCUCACAGCUACCUUUGGUGGAGGGUCUUGAGACUGCCCAGGAGGCCUACCAGGCACUAGAGAGAGUGCAUCACAGGACUACAGCUGGGGCAAAGAUCCACACCACCAGAAGCUUGUUUGAGCUGAAGCUGCGUCCUGGUGAUAGCAUCAGGCAGCAUGUGACUAAGAUGCUCUCUGUUUUCAACAAGCUGAGACUGUUGCAAGUCAACUUUACUGAGGAACUGAAAGUUUAUAUUUUGCUCAGCUCUUUGGACAAAAGUUAUGACAAUUUGUCUCUAACUUUGGAAUCAAUGAAUCCAGCGGAUCUUACGCUGCAGUAUGUGACAAGGCAACACUUUCUACCGCUGCAGAACUCUGCUAAGAAUUCUGCUAAGAGCUCAAGUUUUUUCCUAUCGGCACAAGCGUCCAUCGGCACAGGGGAAGUGUGCCGGGCGCCAUCUUAUCUCAGCAUGAGACACAUGAGGGAGAUGGGUUAA